AUGGCUGCUCCCGCCGUAUUGCCACUGCGCGUGCUAGAUCUUGUCUUCGUUUCUAAUAUCGCCUGCUACCAGAUAACUCCCAAAGCCAUCGUUUCGGACGCCUGUGCCUCCUACUCUACCCUCGACAAGCUGAACUUUGCUGUCAAACCUCUACUCGACGACCUUACCACCACGACCGACUUCUUCUCACACUACCGUCUCAACCUCUUCAACAAAAGGUGCCCCUUCUGGAACGACGAAAAUGGUAUGUGCGGCAACAUUGCCUGCGCCGUAGAGACGCUGGACGACGAGGCGGACAUACCAGAGGUCUGGCGCUCAGCAGAACUUGGCAAACUGGAGGGACCGGUGGCGAAACAUCCCGGCCCCAGGGCGAAGAAGAAUACGGACCGUCCCCUCCAACACGGCCUCGGCACCAAUGUGGGAGAGAGCUGCGUGUUCGAGUACGACGACGAAUGCGAUGAGCGUGACUACUGCGUUCCCGAAGACGAAAGCGCUUCUUCAAAGGGCGACUACGUCAGCCUCCUUCGAAACCCUGAACGCUUCACUGGUUACGCAGGCGUCGGUGCUGCCCAGGUCUGGGAUGCCAUAUAUCGGGAGAACUGUUUUUCGAGAUCCUCGUUCCCCAACUCUGCCGCCCUUGGCGUAUCGCAACAGAGCUCUGUGCUUAACAAGGUUGGGCCCGCGGCCGAGGACCUAAAACAGAUCCUGGAGGCCGCUGGACGCCAGCAAGCGUUGGAGCAGAUCCGCGAGACGCAUCCAAACACCCCGUUUGUGGCUCAGACGGGCUUCGAAGCCCAAGAUGAGUGCCUCGAGAAGCGUGUCUUCUACCGCGUCAUCUCGGGUAUGCACGCAAGCAUUAGCACUCACCUUUGCUGGGACUUCCUCAAUCAGACCACCGGCCAGUGGCAGCCCAAUCUCGCCUGCUACAAGACACGACUUCACGAGCACCCCGACCGCAUUAGCAACCUGUACUUCAAUUACGCGCUGGUGACUCGCGCUGUUGCCAAGCUGGGACCUUUCAUCCAGGGCGAAGCCGGUCAAGAGCGAUAUACUUUUUGUACCGGCGACCCUUACGAAGAUGAUGCGACGAGGGCCAAGGUGCUGGCCGUGACGCAGGGUGCCGCAUCAGUUCCCCAGAUUUUCGAUGAGAGCCUCAUGUUUAAGAACGGCGAGGGUCCAUCACUCAAGGAGGACUUCAGGAACCGCUUCCGCAACGUCAGCCGCGUCAUGGACUGCGUCGGCUGUGACAAGUGUCGCCUGUGGGGCAAGCUGCAGACAGCGGGCUAUGGCACGGCGCUCAAAGUCCUCUUUGAGUUCGACAAUGCCAGCGAAGAUCUCCCCCAGCUGAAGCGGACCGAGAUUGUGGCGCUGUUCAACACGUACGCGCGGAUCAGCAGCUCUUUGCGCGCCAUUGGCAAGUUCAGGGGCAUGGUAGAGGAACAGCAAGCGCUGGAGGGCGUCUCGUCUCUUGCCCAGGAGGCCGUUGAGCCUCCAGUGGGAGCUGGAGCACAAGCUCAAGCAUCUGAUGCAGAUGAGGACGGCCUGGACGACGACGAUUACGAGGAGGAGGAGGACGAGGAAGAGGGGGACGACGAGGACGACGAGGAUGAAGCAUCCGCCAAGAAAAAAGGCAGCCAGUGCGGUAUGAAGUCGGAUAAGAAUGCCACCGUGAGCCAGAGCUUGGACGACGAGCUCAGGCUCGUCAUGCGCGUGACCAAGCUGGUCCUGGUGCAGUGGGCUUCUUUCCCCGGAACACUUUGGCACAUAGUCAGCAACGAGACGAAGCGUUUCGGUCAGUUCUUCCUCGGCCUGCCCGUCUCGCCGCGGACAUGGAAGUUUGAGCGGCCAAACUUGGAUGAGCUGUAG